AUGGGAGACCCAUGUGAAGCAAAAAGGAGGAUUCUGGGGUGCGUGGCAGAAUCUAUACUUUUAUACGCAGCUGCAAUCUGGGUUAGUGUUCUAGAGAAUAACAAAUAUAUCACCGUAGCCAGCCGAGUACAAAGAAGAGUAGCGCUGAGAAUAUGCAGGGGCUAUCGUACUAUCUCAAACGAGGCUGCAAGAGUACUUGCACGAAUAAUACCUAUAGAUCUUCUAGUUGAAGAGAGAUCGAGAGCGAUAGGAAUGACAGCAGGUGAGAAAAAGGCUCUUCGAAAAGAAACGGUACAGAAAUGGCAAAAUAGAUGGAACGCCAGCGACAAGGACGUGUGGCUUCACAAACUGCUACCAGAUAUUACGCGGUGGUAUGAGAGAUCCUGUGGUGAAAUUGGAUACUAUUUGACCCAAACAAUGACAGCCCAUGGCUCCUUCCAAAGUUAUGUUAGGAGAAUAGGUAAAGCUGAACAUGACCCCUGCCUAUACUGUAGCUCGGAGAUAGAUAAUGCAGAGCACACAAUUUUCAGAUGUCCUGCGUGGGCGGAUAUUAGAAACUUGUCUGAAAUAACAGUAAGAGCUGAGUUACGACCAGAAAAUAUAGUGCAGAUCAUGAUGGAAGUAGAUUUUAAAUGGAAAGCUGUUGAGAGUAUGGUGGAAAAAAUUCUAAAAAGAAAGGAACAGGACAGUAGACAAAGAGGUCCAAACACACAGCAACAUUAG